UUGUAUGUCAACUUGUUUACAGUUACCAGUGUUUGGUGAUUUGUUGAUGUUUGGUUGAAUUCAUAAUAACUUGCCGAUAGCUCUCGAUGUUUGGAAUACAAAAAUACAUCUCAUAAAAUAGUUUUGGUUAAAUUUCAACUAAGAAAUAACAGGUUCGAUAUACUACAUCUCAAAGUGACCUAGAAACUGAACACAUGUAUUCUAAAAUCUAGAGAAGAUUUCAUUCAAACAAUUGGCAUUACGUUUCUUGAAGUUUCAGUAUUGAAAUUGGCGAAAUUUGUUUACUUAUCUUUGCCAAGGAAGUGAAUCCAAAUCUCCCAAAAUGAAGUAAUGUUGUACCCAAUAUGGCUGAGGUGAGUUCUGCGAAAAGAGAUGGCCGAACUAAAAGUUGCACACAUGAAGACAAACUAUUUGACCCUUCCAUUGAAAUGCUCCUUAAUGAAUUCGAUGACGAAAGAACAUUAGAGGAAGAAGAAGCGUUAGCUGCUGAAGAACCUGUUGAUGCAUCAGUGGAGUUAUCAAUUCUUCAGCGAGAGAGUGAUAUGCCUAUUGAUGAACUAUUGGCUUUGUAUGGAUAUAGAGGUGAUCAGCAAGAAGAGAGUAGCAUAUCCAAAGACGAUUUAGAGUUAUCGAAAGAUUAUGAAAGUGAAGCUGAUCAGCAUCAGCCAUCAAAACUAGAAGAAAUAUACAAAACUAUACCUGACAUGAAUCAAGACGCUUCCCGUUUACUACGCUCUGUUUCCAGAGUUGGGGAAGAGGAAGAUGAAGACUAUGAUUACAGCCCUGACGAAGAAGAUUGGCACAAAACGAAUAAGACCAUUAUGGUUGGUAGUGAUUAUCAGGCUCAAAUUCCUGAUGGUCUCUGUCAUUAUGGAGAUGCACUACCUUAUGAAAAUGAUGAUAAACUUUUGUGGAACCCCUAUUUGAUUAAGCCAGAGGAUGUUGAAAAUUAUUUGAGGAAAGCAGCUACCAUCUUCAAGCCCUCAAUUCCAGUGGGCAAUCAACUGAAAGAUGAUGAACAAGCACUCUAUUUGUUACAGCAAUGUGGUCAUAACACAGAUGAAGCCCUCAGGAGGCUUAGAAUGAAUGUUAUUUCAAACACUGAUUCAAUGAGCCUUUGGUCAGAGGAGGAAUGUAGGAACUUCGAAUCAGGUAUACGAAGCUAUGGUAAAAAUUUUCAUGUCAUACAACAGAAUAAAGUGAGGACCAGGUCAGUAGGUGAAUUGGUUCAGUUUUAUUACCUUUGGAAAAAAUCUGAGCGACAUGAUAUUUUUGCAAGUAAAACCAGAUUGGAAAAGAAAAAAUAUACUCUUCAUCCAGGUGUUACAGAUUUUAUGGAUAGAUUUCUUGAGGAUCAAGAUGGAAGAGAUAGGAGCUCCUCCCCAAAUGUACAGAAUGUGGUGGAAAAUAAGGUGUUAGAACGACAUCGUUCUUCUUGAAAAAUGUAUAAAUUUUUUUAAUCUCUUUUGUAUAUAAUUAAAAUUAUUGAACCUGUAAUUUGACAGAGCUCAUUAUAUUUCAGUUUUUUACAGUUA